GAGGGAUAUUCCACGGAUAAUUCCUAGAACCGGCGAGGUAGUCUCCGCCGAGUCGGGCGGGCGAUCGAGUGGUUUUCUCCUUAAGAAAAUGGCUCUCCUAGGCAGGCGCGUCCUCCUGCGGUCCCGCGCACGUCCGGUCGACGAUUCUUUCCCACCAAAACCGUACGCGGUUUCCGAUUUUCUUCCGAAUUAAGGUUAAUUCGGAACUCCGUGCUCGGCCUCGACAUACGUUUCGUUUUCGCUCGGUUUUCGGGCCUACGAUGAUUUCCGCUCCUUUGUACCGCUUCUACGGAGCGAGCGAGCUUUUAACGGGCUGGUUGUGAUCAAACUCGCCGAAUUGAUUACUGGCUUCAACGUCACGAUCGUGCGUUGACAGCAACGCACGGCACGCAUCUUCAGGCCUUUCAUAAUGUCAACGUCGGUUCAAGGAAAACAGCUCCCCCUGCGCGGGUUGAAGCAGGUUAAGGUGGACAAUUGGGGAACAUUUUUUCUCCAACGACUUCAACAGCUCUACUUUGAAGAAGAAUUGCUCGACCUUACGAUUAAAUUUCCUACAAGUGACAUCACCGUACAAGCUCAUCGAUUAGUUAUUACGACAUGCACAGAUUAUUUUACAUAUCUCGAGCGUCAGCAAAGGGAAAAGGAUGAAAAUUUUGACGGUAUACUUAUUAUGCCACCCGACAUGCCUUACGAAUGCGUUAAGUCUAUUAUAAGUUUCAUGUACACAGGCCAGUUGGAAUACUGGACUUCGGAACAAAAUGCACUGUAUCGCACCGCUCAAAAAAUGAACAUGACCGUUUUAACCAAACUAUUGGACGCACAGUUCAAUACCAGCGAAUUGCAAGCGAGCCCACCGUCUACUAAAUCAAAGCCUACCGUCCAACCGGUGAUAGCUCUUUCAAAGCCGAGCACUCCUGCAAAAAAGGUUUCGUCGCAAUCCCAACAGAAUCAAACUCCUAUGCUGCCAUCACAGCCGCUGCCUGGGAGAAAGCUUCCGAUUUGGAAAAGAAAGCUGGAUGCACGUACUUCGUUUCCAUCCCCGAAUUACGACCUCGGGCCCUACAGCAGUUCCCUGAGCAGAUCUUCGUCGGACGUGACCCCGGGUCCGUCCAGAUUCGAUCUACCGGAAGCCGAGGAGUUCUCCCUGGGCGUCUUCUCGUCCUUCGACGAUAUCACGUACAACACGAAGCCAAUCGUGCAAGCCCCGAAUAAACCUAGCGCGGAAAAUAACUCGGAAUAUAAGAGUUCGAUGAACACGGAGGCGGACGAGCGCAGAAACGAUACCACGGAGGACGAGGACGAUGACGACGACCCGGGUAGAGACAAGGACAAGAGCGAAAACUCGGACGACGACUGGUCGGGGCCCAAGGGCAUUCUACGAGCUCAGGAGGUGCAGACCUCACCUACCAAGAAGGUGAGGUUCAACCUCGAGGAGAAGGAGAACCUGGAGAAGUCGAAAAACUCGCCAAACUCCGGGGAGUCCAUAAAGAAGCACGCCAAGAUCAUCAAAGAGGUGCUGAAGAAGUACCCCCACCUGGUGAAGAACAACAAGAACAUCAGGCUGAAGAUCAUGCAGAAGGAGGCCAAGUCCUCGGAGCCGAGUACCCCAGCGAAGACCAAGGUCUCCUACGUGGUGCUCAAGUCGGACCAGCUGAUGCGCGGCAGCGCGGACGAGGAGUCGAGGAACAACGGCGGAGAGGGCGCCGAGAAGGGGCCCUGGAAGUGCACCAAGUGCGACCUCGAAGAGGAAUACGCGAUGUACUACAUGUACAGGAGGCACAUGCAGGACGUCCACGGUGAGAAGUUCGACCCCAGGGUCUGCGAGCACUGCGGCUACAAGGCGACGAAGCGCAACAUCCUGAUGUACCAUCUCUACACAAAGCACAACGUGCCCCCACCGAAGAGCAUGUGCUUCCCCAAGUGUCACGCGUGCCCGUACGUGGCCCUCUCGGAGACGUUGCUCGUCAGACACCAGAUCAACCACAACCACCGGCCGACCUCGCGCACCACCCUCUCGCCGGCCGAGGAGCUGCAGUGCCUGCACUGCACCCAGACCUUCCGGGACAUCACCGACCUGGCGACCCACGAGAUCAACACGGGCCACGGCAGCGCGGAGAGCCGCGAGAAGGGCCACCGCUGCCCGCACUGCGGCAAGACCUUCAUCCGCAUCACGAAUCUGCAGGUGCACCUGGACUGCGCGCACAAGGACCUGAGGGAGGCGGAGCCGGCGCCCAUCUCCCUGGAGCCGUCCUCGGAGGCCGAGGCCCUGAGCCACGUGGCCAGCGGAAUCGCCGCCUCCCUGGCCGUCGGCGACGCCGUCCCCGCCGUCGACCAGCAGGAGGCGCGCUCCUCCGACGCCGAGUACGUCGUCCCCGAGAGCCUGGAGCUCGCCGACAUCGAGCCCAAUGUCGCCUACAACGGCCAGGAGAUGGCGGGCCAGCAGAUGAUCAUGCUGAUCGACAACGGUGGCUACCAGCAGCAGGAGAUGGACGAGCACCAGCAGCAGCCCCAGCAGAUCGACAUCUCCGGCAACGAGCAGAUCGUGAUGCAGGGCACCGAGGAGGGCAUGAUCGUUUACAUCCACGAGAACGACGUCGAGCAGGGCGAGCAGCAGGCCUACGCCACCUACCGCGAGAUCGAGAUGGCCCAGGAGACCGAGGAGAUCGUCGAGGAGGUCGUCGAGGAGGUCGAGGAGGAGCUCAUGGAGGAGGAAGAAGAAGAGGAGGACGAGGAGGACGAGGAGGAGGACGAGGAGGAGGAGUCGAGGAACGGCCAGGCUGUCGUGCUCGAAGACGGGAACGUCGAUCAGGUCGAGGAGGUGAUCCAGUACGUCGAGGAGGAGACGGAGAUCGUCGAGUACGACGAAGAGCAGUGCGGCAGGAACGGCCCCGCUCGGGAGUCCCGGGACGCCCGGGACGCCCGGGACGCCCGGGACCCCCGCGACUCGGUCAUGAUCGUCGAAGAGGAGGAGGAAGAGGAGGAGGAGGAGGACCGCCACCACUUCGAGGCCGGCGAAGACGAGGCGGCGAAAGCGAGCGCGAACCGGAAGAGCGCCGACAUCAUUUCCGACGACUGGGACGAGGACAGCGCCGACAUGACCGACUCGUAAAACGUCGGGAGGCGCGGUCCAGAGAUAAUCAUUGGUUUCCGAUGGGACGAGUCCUCCGAGUCGUCGCGGGGACGCUUCCGCCAUCCCUCGGUCCGGAAGCGCGAGUUCCUCCGGGACUCUCGGCGGUUUCCCGACGUGGCAUCGAGCAACGGAUUCGACCGGUUUUACAUAAGGCUAGGGUAGAUCGAGUUUCAUGGUAGACUAAGGCCUUUGUGUACAUCAUUUGCAAAAUGUCAUAUUACCUACCAAUAAAUACAUUUUCAUUACGAA